ACACAGAUCCGUAUUGAUCAAUUUCUAGCAAGCCGUUGACCUUUGGUUCUUCUCCUGUGAGCGUUAUACGUGUAUUAUAUUUACUCGUUUACAAUGGCCUACAUGAGCCAGGGUGUCGGGAAGAGGCUUGGAGGGCUUGACGAUGACGAAAGCGACAACGACCAGGGGACUGACUACCUAUCGCAUGAGGCCAGGAAGAGAGCGGAUCAAAUCUUGAAGGAAAUCUCCGGUGAUAUGAUGUAUAAGCUGGAAGACAGACCGCCUUGGUAUACCACUGGUGUUCUUGCUUUUCAACAUUUUUUAACGAUGUUCAGUGGGAGUAUCGCAGUGCCAAUAGCUUUAGCCCCUUUUCUCUGCAUCGACCAAGACAUUACACUUCUAUCAAAGUUCAUCGCCAGCAUCAUGUUCGUGUCUGGGGUUCAAACGUUUCUUCAAACUACAUUGGGCAUCAGACUACCAAUGGUACAGGGGCCGUCUUACUCCUAUUUUCUCCCUCUUAUUUCAAUGAUGGACAUGCGAGGUGAAUGCCCCGUUGUAAAUGGAUCAAGUAACACUACAGAGGUUCAUGAUACAGUCGAGAGUGAAUCCCGCAGUCGGAUGCAAGAGGUGCAGGGCGCCCUCUUCGUGGCUGCAUUCUUUGAGAUCCUCCUUGGUUUCGGUGGGAUCAUCGGCAUCCUUCUGAGGUUCAUUGGACCCUUGACCAUCGCCCCGACCAUCGCUCUGAUUGGGUUCUCUGUUACCGGGCUUGUCAUGGAUAAAUGCAGCUCCCACUGGGGUAUUUCAAUCCUGACGAUGGCUCUGGUCCUAACAUUCUCUCAGUACAUCGAACGGUUUAAGAUCCCGUGUCUGGGUUACUCCAAAACUAGAAAAUGCCAUUUCUUCGGGUUUCCAAUGUUCCGAUUAUUUCCAAUAUUUUUGUCUGUAGUUAUCUCUUGGAUAUUCUGUUGGAUUCUGACUGUCACCGAUGUCUUUCCAAACGAUCAGAGCUCUCCAUACUAUCAGAUCCGAACUGAUUCGAAGAGCGAAGGUGUGGCUAACACCCCGUGGUUCUACUUUCCUUAUCCAGGACAGUGGGGCGGAAUGAUAUUUUCCGCGGGUGGGGUGUGUGGUAUGAUGGCUGGUACAUUGGCCUCCGUCGUCGAAUCCAUAGGCGAUUACUACGCCCUGGCAGGCUUGUCCGGCGCACCUCGACCCCCUAUCCAUGCCAUCAACAGGGGUAUAGGCAUAGAGGGAAUAGGGGGUCUCUUUUCGGCCCUCUGGGGAUCUGGUGUGAACUCGACUUCCUAUUCAACCAACGUAGCAGUCAUUGGUCUAACAAAGGUAAGCAGCCGUUUUGUGGUCCUGGUGAUGUCUGGGUACCUCAUCAUUUUGGCAGUCGUCUUGAAAUUUGCUGCGAUUUUUGCCGCCAUGCCUGAUCCAAUCGUUGGGGGAGUCCUAGCAAUCACCGUUGGCAUGGUAUCUGCAGUUGGCCUUGCUACAUUGCACCACGUCAAUAUGAACUCGCCAAGGAACCUCUUCAUCGUGGGAUUUUCAUUCAUUAUGGGUCUCGCUCUCCCACAAUACAUUGCGCAAAAUCCUGAUAUUAUUGCGACAGGUCUACCAACCCUGGACCAGAUCUUGGCCGUUCUGUUGCGAACAAGUAUGUUUCUGGGUGGUUUCAUAGGAUUCGUACUCGAUAAUACCAUACCAGGCAAUCGUGAAGACAGGGGCCUAAAAGGGACGCGGGAUGAUGUACUCACUAAUAACAACGAUGAAGAUGAUAUGAGUGAAGAAAUGAAAGCUGAAGUUGGCCGUCUAAUAAACGGUUGCUACGACAUGCCGUUCGGAAUGGCAUACAUCAGAGACUUGACUUGGACCAAGAAUAUUCCUUUUAGUCCGACCUUUACUGGAUUCAACCUCACUUGCAAAUGUAAUUACAAGUUCUGGGAGCGAUUGCCGAAUAUGGAAGGCCCCAGGGAAGAAACACAAGUGUAAAAUGGUAAUUUUCAAGUGUUGAAUAAAAAAAAAAUGACUUGAGCUAUACCUCUAGUGUUGUCCACACUCAUACUACCUAGACAGAUUGCAGCUGUCUGUUUGGAGUUUUAAAACAUUUAAAAAAAAUUUCUGUGUAAUUGGUGAGUGGAGCCAACGGAGUUAAGCGGAACAACCAAUGUAACUGAGACUGAAGCUUUUGGUCCAUCAAGAUAGUAUACUACCUUAAAACAAUUUUUAACUUUUAUUGUUCUAGCCCAUUUUAUUCUGAUUGAUUGAUUGAUUGAUCAUUUAUUCCAUUCUCAUAAAAACAUAUUUACACAAUUAUUACAAACAAUGCAUAUAUAUACAAAUAUUAAAAUCGUUAAUUAAAACAAUUAAAACAAUAAUGCAUAAAGAAUGUUCAUCAUUUACAAAGAUUGAUAAUGGAAAAGGAGAACCUUUGAAAAAGCCUGAUAUGGCUUUGCAAACUAAAAGUUCUCACAAAAAUAUGCAUAAUUCACAUUAAUAUCUUAGAACAUAGAUUUUACAUCAGAAAGUUAAAGAGAGAAAAAAAAAACGAGACCAGAAAAAAAAAAUUUACAAAAGAUGAAAAGACGAAUAAGGGUGAUUGUCGAUUAUAGCUGGUUGUUGUUGAUGAAAUAUAACAAUGGACUGAUAUAAAAUUUUGAAGCGAUCCUUAUCCCAUCAGAUUCAAACUUGGCGGUAAUGCCUUCAGCCAUGCACACUUUUUUUCCACACAAUUUGACAAGCAAAAAAAAAAGGUCUUCAGGUUCAAAAGAGGGGAUACACAUCUUUUUUUAUUGCAUUUUUACAUUACAAAUUAUUAAUUUGGCUUCUCAAAGGGGGGGGGGCACGUCCCCUGUAUCAGUUGUGACUCGUCAGGGGGACAGGGAUACGUCCCCUGCAUGAGUUGUGACUCGUCAAGGGGGCAGUCUGCCCCCCCCCCCUUAGGUACGCUAGUGGGUCUGCAUGUAUCUUUAUAAAUAUCGUCACUCCUACACUGUGAUAAUGUUUCCCAACAUGGUUCCCACCCCCGAAGUGUCCAUGGACAACACAAGCUGAUAUCCUCUUUUCCGUUUGGGCAAAAACUUAUAGGAUCAAUCCAAGCACCCAAGCAGUGGCGUAACUACGGGGGGCAUGGGGGGCACGUGCCCCCCCCCCCCCCCCCAAUCGGCUGGCC